GGCGCGCUCGAGGCCAUCCCGUAUCUGGGAAGUUUCCAUGCGAGUGAUGUCGUGUUGAACUUCUUCGGUACGCUGCCGGCGAACAAUUCGCGCCAUAUAAUGGGUACCCUGAUUGCGUUCGUCAACAACCUGGAUCCCAACAAGCACAACAUGAGCGAUGUGCCUGCUUGGCCGCAAUAUGAGUCGACCAGUCGGUCAACAAUCCUGUGGAGCGAGGCCGGCGCAGAGAUUGUAGCUGAUGACCUUACGCGAAGAGGCGAUCACGUACCUGAAUGA